AUGUCAGUAUUUUUGCUUAUACAAGAAGCGUUAGCAGGAGUAAAAAAACCACUCCCUCCUGAGUCAGUCAUCAUGGCUCCCGGACCUGAUCUAGCCAGUGCUACGAUCAGUCCCUUGGCCACUUCCACUGUGCUUCAGCCACCAAUAUCAGCUGCUCAGCCUCUUUCGAAACCUAUGCCUCUGUCUACCUCAGCCACAUUCGGUGGCGUGACAUCUACACUCGCGACCUCAGAGCAACCAAUCACGACGACAGAUAAACUACAGCCCUUACCGAUUAUGACAACAACUCCACCAACUAUUCAUGUGACUCCUACUCCGCCUGUUGAACGCCCGCCCCGUGUCAUAUCCAAGGGUGCUGAGAGGUUAGCAGUUCACGUCGACAGGAUGCUCUCGGAUAUGGACGUCCUUAUUGACCAGUUGACGCGCGAAAAGUCAGGACUCUUAAAGGAGAUUGAGGUGAGAUAA